AUGACAAGACGACUUGAGCAACGCCUCCCACAAACCACAACCCAAGAUCCAACUCCAUCACCAUCUCCCGCUCCCCUCCAAAGACCCUUCUACUCCCUCAGCCUAGGCACAACCAUAACCCCCCCGGCCCAACCACCUCCCUCAGACAACAUCUCCAAGAAACUCAUCUACACCAUCAUCAAAGCAGACCUCCUCAUUCCCGGCGCCGACGACCCCAUCCCCAACGCCGCUCUCGUCACCCAAGACAAACUCAUAGUCUGGGUAGGCCGUCAAGAUGCCAUCCCCAGCACAUACACCGACAGCUCCCGCAAAACCUACUCAGUCCCAUACCUCAUGCCCGGCCUGUGGGACUGCCACGCCCACCUCAUGGCGGGCAGUGACGAAGAAGACACCUGGCCCGCGUACAUGGGCUUCGUGGCCAACGACCCCGUUGCGUGCGGUGCAAGACUCGCCCGCAUCUGCUGGGAGCUACUCCAGAGCGGGUAUACCUCCGUACGCGACCUAGCCGGCUAUGGGUGCGAAAUGGCAAACGCCAUCAACGAGGGAACGAUUCCAGGACCGAACAUCUACGGCUCCGGCGCGUGUCUAAGCCAACUCGCUGGUCAUGGGGACGUCUUCUCCCUCCCGGCGGGGGAUGUGCUUCUCAAUCUGGGCGUUGGCCAGAUCCGCCCAGGACACUUCGCCACAAAACCUAGCUGCAUCGUCAACGGUGAAGAAGAAUGCCGUCUGGGUGUGAGGCUGCAAAUUCGCCGUGGAGCAAAGUGCAUCAAGAUCCUCGCCUCGGGGGGCGUCAUGUCCAGCGACGAUAACCCGACAUACGCGCAGUUCAGUCCCCGUGAGCUAGAAGCCAUGAUUGACGAGGCUCAGCGGUUCAAUCGUUCAGUGGCAGCCCACGUCCACGGUAAACCGGGCAUUAUGGCUGCUGUAAAGGCAGGUGUCACGACAGUAGAGCAUGUGUCGUUCGCAGACGACGAGUGCAUCCAGCUUAUCAAGGAGAAGAAUGUAGUGUACGUAGCUACCAGAGAGGUCAUCGAGCUGCUUCUCUCGAUGCUCGACCAGUUACCACAGAAGAACAGAGACAAGGUCCGUCUCAUUGCGGAGGAUCACAUGAACGCUUACAAAGCUGCUGUGAAGGCGGGCGUCAUUAUUGCGCUGGGCACAGAUGCAACUGGUACGCCGGGCAUGGCGCGGGAGUUUGAGUGGGCUGUCAAGGCCGGGCUGUCGAACUUGGAGGCUAUUAGGGCGGGUACUGCGAAUGGGCCGUUGACCGUGAAGGGCCAGGCGCCUAGGACGGGGCAGUUGAAGGUGGGAUAUGAGGCUGAUUUUAUAGGUGUUGUUGAGAAUCCGGUGCUGGAUGUGAGGGUUUUGCAGAGGAGGGAGAAUAUUAAGUGGGUGUGGAAGGGGGGCAGGAUAUUCAAAGGGCCGGGUGUAGGUCCUUGGGGUGAGGAUUCGUAG